UUUUUCAGUCAACGCUGAUUACCAUAUAAUCAUUAAUUUUUGAAGAUCAGUUAAUUGAACUAAUUCUUCAUCACAUAUUAUCUCACGAUGAUGGACAGGAUACCUUGAAAUGUGGACCUACGUCGUUGACCGCCAUACCAUUUGCAUAAAUUGACUGAAGUAACUGUCGAUAAUCAUUGGCAAAAACCUGCUAGUAUGGAAAUUCUGUAUGGUCUAAGGAAAAGCAGGUCGCUAAUCAGCUGAUUGCUCUUGAACUACCACCUAAAGUUAAAGUAAAGCACGACAGCCACCAGUACGACUAAGGUGCUGACAAGCUAUGAGUAACGAUUUGCAAGAAUAACGAUACUCGUCGUCACUUCGUCAAUCCUUUACAGACAUACAACACUUAGUCACACUUAAGUUGUCACUUAUCAAACCUGAAGCGGAUACAAUAUAAUCAUUCAUCCGGACCAAUACCGUCUAACCGCAUUCGUGAUAAUUAGGCCUGUGAUAAUUAGUUGCUUGAUCUGCGGUGAACAAUAUUCGAAGGUGCUUGAGAAAAUUUUUUUAGGACGAUGCGAUGGAGGGAAAUUGUACAGAUCCUUACGAACAGCAACUUUUAGCCGUAUUUGAGAGUUGUCAAACAAAGGGGCAGACACGCCUUAAUGAAAAUGGGUUACGAUUAUUGUGUGAGAAAUUGCAACUCGAGGAGCAGGGAAAAGAGCUGAUAUCAUGUCUCCUGGAGCAAACCGAAACUGAUAAGUCUGUGUCCUUUUACGAAUUCCGCGAUGGCCUUCUUGCUUUAUUAGGAAACGCUCAAGAUGGAAUCUCCAGUUAUUCGGACCGUGAAUUUUCCAACGGUGACUCGUUACAGAGUUUAAACUCUACCAAGUUAGCCAAUAAGAGAUACGGACGGAAGUCCAAACCAAAAGAUCAAAAUGCAGAUAUUGUGGACUUUCAACACCAACAUUUAGAUGGCGCAAGGAAUGAAAUGUGGAGAGGCGUGGAUGGUCUUCUCAAUCAGGAUAUUAAAAUAGAUGAACAGAGGCUAAGAGAAAUAUGGGCAAAAAUUAACUUGGGUUUGGAUCGACAAGAGAUGCCCAUCGUAUCGCAAUACAUCGGCAUUCCUUUACUUCCUAAACAGACAUUGGAGCAAAUAUUUGAAAAACUCGAUAUGGAUCACGACGGACAAAUUACUCUCGAAGAGUUUUUGUUGAUAUUCAGCAACCCCAAAAUGCUGCACGAGCAACUCAGCUCCGGGUGGAAUGCUGGCUUUCGAAAUGACAUCAUGAAACAAGACUCUGAGAAAGAAAGUAUCCAAAUCCGCGGCCCUCAUCACACCGGCACAGUCGUGGAUAUGUGGGAAGUUGCUGGCGUUCCUGAUGCAGCCACAUUUUUGUCAGAACUUGGGUUCACCAGUCCAGACAUCAGCCUCACGGAGCUGACAAAUGUGCUCUGCGAAGAGUUAAAAAGCCUCCGGGAUGAGUCCGAUAACAGAGUGAUGGGGACUCACAUUAGUUUGUUGAAAGGAGCACUUGUACUGUAUCAGGAAGAGGUCAGAAGUCUUAACACUUUAGUGGAACAUUUAAGCGGGGAAAGAGACAAGUUACGAGGGGAUAUAGCAGAAGCGAACCAAAGAGCGACUUUGCUGGCUCAAGAAGUAGAUGAACAUCAUAUCUGCUUGGAAAAGUCGAGUCAGAACCAGAUUAAGCAGUUGGAAUUAAAGAACGCGGAAAUUCUCAAGGACCUAACAGAUCAGCUUACUUCCGAACGCGAGUCUAAUGCUGCUAUCUUGAGAUUAAUGGACCAGAGGCUGCAAACGCUUCAACAAGAAGACCAACGUAUCAGAACUGAGCUAGCCAAUGUCUUGUCUGAGAAUCACACAUUGGAGACUGAAAAUCAAAAUUUAUUGGAGCACCUUUCCAAGCUCAGAUCGUCAAAUAAUCAGCUGCAAAUGCAGAUACAAACACUGGUUGCUGAGCACGACGAGGUCGAAAAUGUUGAAGUGAAAGAAAAUGAGGUUCUGGUUUCCCUAUUAGAUCGCAUAAAAAAGCUUCAGUCUGACAACGCUGCACUACGAGAUCAAAAUGACGAACUUACGUCUGAGCUAGAAGUGAUGAAACAUUCUGAGUCCGAUGUCCAAAGUUCUGGAAAUUUGGAUAUAAUUGAUUCAAAAGAUUUGACUGCUAGGGUGGCUGAGUUGGAGGCACUUUUAGCAUCGAAAACUAUAAGAAACAAGGACAUUUCAAUCGGAUCGAACAAUUUGAAUGCAGUCAUUGAAACACAGGAACAGCAGUUAGCGGAACUGCGAAGUGUCCUUGAGAAAUUGAAAAAAGAACUGGUCAAUGUUGUGACAGAAAAGAAAAACAAUUGCACACUCGACAACUGUUUGCUGAAAAAUAGAAUGUUGGAUGUGAUUUGCAGAAUAGAUACGAAUUUAUCGCCACAUCCCCAAGAAACAGACUCUAUUAAAAGUUUAGCAAAUGAACUUGAAGCCGAAAGUGCACAACUAACGAAUGAAUGUAGUAGAGACUUUGUGACAAAUAGGACAGACAAGGGGAAAGUCGAUAGGAAAGCAGUUGGCAACGACGAUAUAGUUAAAAAUACUGAUAAGAACUUUAAUAACUUAGACAUGAAAACCAUGUCCAAAAACAAAAUGACUGGCCUACGCGAUUAUCCACCACGCCGAGAUGAAAAUGGUUCUGAUCAAUCAAAAAUCGACAGAGAGAAGAGCAAUGUUUUCUACAAUGUAAGGCAGUCAUCUGAAAAAGCUGAAAAUUCGAAAGAUUGUAAAGACUUUGAUAAAGUUACAGACAUUUUGCCAGAGGUGGAAGAGAAGUAUGUUAAUGAGAAAAAGCAGCUUAGUGAGCGCUGCACAGAAUUAGAGAGAAGUUUGGAUUUGUUAAGAACUGAGUAUGAACAGUGCGAAGACUAUUGGGCUGGAAAACUCGAGGAAGAAAGACAAUUGUUUGAACAAGAGCAGCGAAUUAGCGAUGAAAAAUUCUCUGAGCUUAUUGCUAAAAUGGCUGAAUACGAAGAGCAAUUUGGCAACAGUGAUAAAACCCACAAUGACGGUCGCUUGUCACCUAUUGAAGAACGAUUCAAUCUUGAGCAACAGUAUACAAAUUUGGAAGAGGAAUUCAGCGAAUGGAAGUCUGAGAUGCAAAAGGAGCUGACGAAAAAAGAUCAAGAGAUUCACGAUUUGCGGGAAAAAUUACAAAGGGGCAAUCGAAUUCUGACUGUAGAAACUUCAGUGCAGUGCCCAGAGGAAUCAGCUUUACAUUCUAAUUCGACAACUGGUAUGAGUGAAGUCGUUGUUCAUGGGAAAAAUUUAUCAUCCUCGAAAAUCACUUCCUAUGACACUGAUUCUCACGUGCUGAAUGAUUCGCUUAAACUCAAGCGCUUGACGGAAUCUGAAAGUCCGUAUGCUGAAGUGUGCACGUCUCGACCAGCAAGUAUUUUGCCCUGCCUGCACGGCUGUAGUUGUUGUCAAAUACAGUCCUACUCUGUUGCUGAAGGUAUGUGUCGAGCUCACAGGGAUGAACUGAGACGAUUGCAUCAAUUGAAAAUCAAUCUCGAUACCGAAUGCAGUAAUUUAAUAAAACAAAAGGAAGUCUUGAUGCAGGAAAUACUGAAACUUCAAAGUCUUCGAGCCAUUAGCUGUUCCUGUACAAAAACAAUCACUGGAGAACAGGCUUGUCGCAUUGAUCUGAACGUACUUCAAGCGCUAAACGCGCGAUUGCAGUCGCAAGAACAAAAGUGUCAUCAUCUUCAAGUAUCCCUCAAACAACAGCAACAGUAUACAGAUCGAAUUUUACAUCAAACCUGGAAACAACAUCGAAACGAAAUUGCAGACUUACAAUUCCUAUUGUGUGGUACCCAAGAAAAGUUACAACAACAUUUACAAGCGUAUAAAGAACAGGCCGAGAACUUAGCACGGGCUGACAUGCUGGCUAAAGAUUUAUAUCUCGAAAAUUCAUACCUGAUGGCGAGUGUGGAACGUCUGGAGCAGCACUGCCACGUGUUGACACAAUAUAGUACCGAAUCUACAUCGGUAUGACACUCGAGUGGUGGUCUAAUACACGUAAUACCAUAGCUCGGCGAUACGCAAGAUGCUGGUAUUGCAUAGUGUUCACCGAUAUUAGCAAUAAUUCUGGGAGAACGAUCGAUUAGUAACUCAGGAAUUAAUUAGGUCGAAAAAAUCAGUUCUCCACUUCUCGAUCAAAUACCACUCAAUGUUUAUUUAUUUGAGCUUCUACUUACAGCAAGAUAAAACGUAUUUGAUGUGUUUGGUAUGUAUGUACUGAUAAAUCAAAGGCAGAUCUCUCAGGGUCUUUUAGAAUAUUAAUAGAAACCUCCAAGUAGUCUAAGCGGUUAUGCAAGAUAAAUUGUCAUGUUUAAAUUUUAUCAUUCGAUGAUGGUAGUCAAAGUUAUAACGCCUUAAAUUCCCGAUGUUUUUUGGGUUAAUCUAGUUUGUUGAAUUCUAUUAAGAAAAUCGAAAUCGAAGAUGAAAGACUUAAAUGUCGUAAUAUUCUAGUGAAAUUUAUUACGUAUCCCAUGUUUGGACACUGUGUGUACCGACAUAAUACAUUAGUAAUCUUGAUAUACGGAAACAUUCAUAAUUAUUUUUCCAAACAAGUGAUAUAUCGUGUUUAACGUUUAUUUAUUAUAUUUUCAAUCAUUCUGUGUCUAGUAAUUAACAUCAACUAUUAUUCAGACCGUUGCUACUAAAAGACAAACCAAAGGUUUAUAAAUCUUAAUAUAACGGAUUCCCAUUUAAUAUUGCAACAAAUUAUUUAUAAUAUAUCGUAUUAUAAUCAUAUAUAUAUAUAUCAUAUAUAUAUAUAUAUAUAUAUAUACAUUUGAUAUAAACAGAAAAUAAAUAACAGUUUUUUUAUAUUGCAGAAACGAUUCGCUAGACAAAAAUUGUUGCUAAAAUAUUAACACCUAAUUUCAUAGGCCCUGUAAAGAUACGUAUGCAUUUGCGAUUAUAAAAAUAUACGACACGUAUUUAUGUACAUACAUACUUAUGUAUGCAGGGUCAUUUAAUUUUGCUGAACGAAGCAUUGACCCUGUAGUGACUGAUGAUUGAAGAAAAAAAAAUCUGAAACUGAAAACUAUUAACCUCUUUCAGAAUCGGUUAUUCUUUUUUUUGUGAGCAAUUGGUGUCAAAACUUUGAAUACUCUACAGAAUUUUUUUUUCCGAGUUCAAUAAAAUGGGUAAAAAAUGUUGGCAGUGUCAUUUCCCAUUAUGAACGUUAGGUAUCACCUGUUACUGUGAAUCAGAACUUUCCAUCUUCAGUAUUUUCUGUUCAUAGCAAGUGUUAAUUAGUGUUAAAAUCCCUACGUAAUCGCCAUUGUCUCAGUAUUGCAAUACUUAUAUCCUUAAUAUUUCAGGCCUAGUUUGUUGUUCAAUUAUAAAAUACCGUAGAUGCUGAAAUAGCAAGCAACUAACUUGAAAUCAGAAGAAAAUUUUCUAAAUAUUUUUGACCUAGUUGGAGAUCUCUUUCCCAUAGAAAUUUAUUAUUAUACCUACAGGUGAUAUUAAAACAGAUUGCGAGUUCUUUCACGUCUUAAUUAAUGACAUGUGCACCUAAUCAAAAAAAAAAAAUUUGAACAUCGAAUUUGGCGACUAUGUAUUAUUUGUUUUUCAUAAUCAUUAAAUAUUUAAAUACUGUAAAUAUGUAUAAAAAUGCGAUUUAGUACUGCAAAUUACUAUGAUAAUAAUAAGAAUAUGAGAAUACAAAACAAUUAUUCAUCGCACCCAAAAAAAUAAGUUUUGUGUAAAUUAAAACUAUAUUUAUGAACUUAUUAGGGUCUAGCGUGCUAUUGAACGAAAUAAACAAUUUUCGUAUGAUUGUUAAUACUAAUUACGUCUUUUUUGGUGCACAACUUUCGUCAGCAUUGUCGCAUGUAUGAUUAUACAUAUACAUGAGAAGUUGUAGAUAUUGUCAAAUUGAUCUAUAAAAUUUAACACCAAAAUUAAUGUUUGCCUUAAACAGCAAUAUUUAUAUGUUUACCGUUGCGAGUGUGAGAUUUUAAUUGAUAUAAUUACGUUCCACAAACUAGUUUAUCAAAUUAAAAUCUUAGUAUACAGGCUGACUAUGUAAUAAUACGCAAUCUGUGAAAUUAUACAAGGGAUGUUUAGUACUGUAAAUUGUUAUCAUUACUCAUCUGAUGAAAACAAUCAUAUUGUAAACUUUACCGAAGGUCGAAAUAUAGCUGUUAGUCUAAUUAGGUAAUACACUGCAAACAAUAUUUUUGCACUGCAUCAUACGUUCUGUAUUGAUUCAACAAUUAUGUUAAUAAUCAUUCAACAUUCCAAAAAAUUGAAGUAUUAAUUACGAGUAAUAAAAUAGUGGAUCUUGUAUAUAGUGCGGGUCAUUCAAUUUUUUUUACAUCCAAAUAAUCAACUAUAAUGUCUACUAAUUCCUGAUAUAUCUUGAUCAAUGAAUACAAACAAUGAUGCCCAUUAAAUUUACGUAAUAUCGUAAAGACAUAGGUGAAAUUUAUGUAAUGAAUCUUACAAAUAAUUGCUAUGUAAUUUGAGGAAAAUUUAUAGCCAAUAUGUAUUCUGCACUGUAUUGAAGUUUCAUAACAAGCUUUAUUUGUAUUAUUGAAGCUCAAGUUUUCAAGGAUAUUUCAUUGAAAUUUGACGAAGUCGUAUGGUUUUCAUUUUUUGUUAUAUAUAUAUACAUUUUUUUUUUAGAUCCAAGCAUCUCCUUGUCAGUUUGACUUUCAAAUAAUUACUUAUAUAUAUCGAGACACGAAUCAGAGUGUACGUUUAAUUAAUUAAAGUAGCUACAGAAUUAAGUAUAUCACAUGACAGUAAGGUAAAAUUAUAAAUUGGUAAUUAAAGGUAGCCGAAUGUAAGGUUUAUCACCUGCUCGGACUACUGAAAAUAAUGUGCGCCAAAUUUAUAAAUAUCGAAGAAUUGUGGUUGGUCUGCUUGUGUAAAAUCCUAUAAAAUAUGUCAAAUUCACAAUACCAACCAGAAAAUGAAAUGUUAUGAAGAUUAUUUUCGAAAAUUCAUGUAUUAUUAGCUGAGAAUUGCAGAGGUUGCCUAAGCAAUAUGUAAAAUAUUUAUACAACACAUCUUGGAGUAAUGUAUAAAUUUUUUCAUCAUUAUGCAAGAUAUUUUUGAGGAUAUGGCACCAUGUGGUGAAACAGACACAGUAUUGGAAAAUCGACUAUAUGUGAACAUUCCUGAAGUUAGUAGUUAACAACUAGUUAUUGUUACACCGUUGUAACCACGGUGUUAGACCGUGGUUGUAACUUAAAACUAAUUCUUGGUGAAGUUUUCGGUUGUGUUAGUUUGUACAUACCUAUAUAACGCUUAACUCCGUUGUGCCUUCAUUUUUACGCGAUUAUUAUAAAUGUUAUCUGUUGUACAUAUCUGUAUUACAAACAAAAAAAGUUUCUAUAAUUUUAUAAUACGAAUAUUUAUUAAGCUUACGUAUUAUUACGUGCAUUUGCCUCAUGAGUUGUAAUAAAAUGAAUGAACGUACAAA